UGUGUCCCGUACAUUUUGGAAAUCAUUGAAAGACCGUUCAUGCCUAAUACUUUAAUAUUUUUAACUUUCAGGACUGACUCAGCAAGUAUAGAACUUAUUUUUGUAAGCAUGGAAAGUACAUGUUCUGAAAGAUUUUUAUCUGCAUCGUCAGAUGAAACUGAAUGCUACCUAUAUCCAAAGCGAAUUAAAAUAGAAAGUAAUCAAAAAAGCAUAGAGGAAGAGGAGCGUGAGCAGCAAAAGCUAGAACAAAGCGUACACUGUGUGAACAGGUACCAAACAUCACCACAUGAACCUAUAUAUUUAUCAGAAAGACAAAACAACUGGGCAUUAGAAAAGCAAAGUUGUGAUGCUGCAAGAAAAACUUGUAUGAGAGAGUUUUUCCGUUUUCAGACUUGUAGUAAUGAAAGAUUACCAGGUAGAGUAUCAGAAAAUAAACUGCCCACCAAAAAAUGGAAUCCUGAAAAUGAAAGCCAAAAUACUAAAGAAGAUGACAUUUCAUUAAAUGCACAUGGACAGCUUCUUGAAGCAGAGUUGCUCGGUGUGUGGAGUGCUGCUAACACAUGUAAAAAUCUACAGGUAUUAAAUCCACCCCAAGUGCAGCAGAACAACAAUAUAGAACAAAAUGAUAAAAGAAAUGGUGAUAAUGAACUCAGACAAAAUUCUUCAGUUACACCCUUAAACAGAGACUUGUUUCAGAUGGAAUAUUUAAGUCAUAAGUCUGUCUCUAAUAAAAAAUGGAAACAAUACCAGCUUUUGCAAAUUCCAUUUUUACGUGGUACCAGUUCUGUGUUUUCACACAUAGAACAUGAGAAAGAUAAUUUUCUGAAAAAAGUAUGUUCUACAGAAGAUAAAGAUUAUUUCAGUAGUGAUAAUGAAACUACUGCAGAAAGAGACAAUAAAGAAAAAAAUAAGUCAUCAUAUAUAAUUCCAACAUUAAAACCUUUUAAAAGUAUGCAACGGCUGGAAAUCCCUAAUUUUCAACUUCCUAGCAUUUCAAAUAAAAUAAAUAGUAAAAUACCAUCAACUAACUUGGAGGAGAUGGAUUGGAAUAAUUUUAAAGGCCAGCCAUCUUUGAUGCAAUCUAAACGGAUACAUGGUGUGCAAAAAAUGUCUGAGGUAGAGAAACAAAAAUUGCAAAAUGAUAAAAGCAGUGUAAAAGCUUCAACUGUUGGUUCUGAAUUUAAAGAAAAGAAUUACCCAUCAAUUAGCAAAGAAGAGCACAGUGCUUUGGCAGAAGGAGGAAAAGUAUCUGUAACUUAUUUCAGAGACAACAGCACUGACAUUGAAUGUAAUCAAAUAUUUGCUGAAAAUUGUUUCAAAGAUAAAGUGCUGGAGAAUUCAGAUGGUGAUGAUGAUCAGAAGUCAAAGAUUCACAUUUACAUUAGUGCUAAAAACAUUCAGAAUGAGAAAUGUGUCAGCUGUAAUGAUCUUUUGAAGAGAAUGGGGAGGAAGAGCAUUAAUGAGAAAGCAGGAACAUUUCAUAUACAGACAAGUAUUCCAGUAAUAACAGAAGCAUUAGAGAAAAAUAAGUUAGACAUACACUGUGGUGUGCAUAAUUCUAGCAGUGAUACUAGUUUGUAUGAAGCAGAAUCAAAACUCUCUGCAAAAGAAAUACUUGAUUUCAAAAGAUAUUUAACUAAAAACAUUAUAUUUGAAAGUAAUUGUCCUCCCAUUACUGUGCAGAAUUUUCCAGAUAAGAAAGUGAGUUGCAAUAUAUUUAGGGGAAAGAAAAUGUUCAAAUUAAAGUUUUCAUUUCAAAACAUGUUGUUUGGGUGGCUCAGGACAUGGACUGAAUCUUUAUAUAGAGAUAUGCCCACAUGUCAGGGUAACAGUGUUACACAUUGGUUUAAUUUCUGUGAAACAUUAAACGAGCAGUGUGAUGCUCAAGAGUUAGUAAAGAGCAAUACAAAUAGGAACCACAACAAUAAAAUAUGCAUUUGUUUGCUGGCUAUUAUUUCAAAGCAUCCAAAGGUGAAACUAAUAAAGACAAUUCUUGCUUCCUUUUUCAAUAACACAGAUACUUUAUUGCCAACUGGAGGAAAGUCUAUGCCAGUGGAGAAACACCCUUUACGUGGUAGAAAGCAAGAUCAGUUAAAUUCAUACACAGAUAAUACUUUGAGGCAAAACACAGAGUUUCAUAAAAAAAAUGAAACUUAUCCAGGCUUUGUAAGUUCUAAAUUUUUGGAGAGCAUUGGUUUUGAAUUACAUAAUGAAUGCCAGAGAAGACAUUUUUCUAGAUCUUUAGGUGAAGAAGAGUUUACUUUCCCCAAAAGAGGAGCCUUCUUUCGUAACCAAAACAGUGAAUUAUAUAAGGGAAGAUAUGUCAGAAAGCACCACCUCUUAUCCAGAGGGAGUGAAGGGUUUAGCACCUAUUUGAGGUCAAUCAGUCACAAAAACGGUAUGAAAAAGCAAAUUUUAGUUGCUAAAUGCCUAAUCUUGCUGCAGGGCACUUUUGAUUGUUCUUCACUAGACAAAAUGUAUUGCUGCAAUAUCACAAAAAUACAGUAUCUGAUAGGAGCAAAUCUUAGAUUUUGGAGUUACUUUCCUGCCCAUUCACAACCAAAAUUUGAAAAGAUAAAUAGUAAAUGUACAAACCAGGAAAUAUCGGUAACUACAGUAAAACAGCAGAAGAAGAAACCAAGUAAAAUGUUUAAUAGUUCUUUUCAUGGAGAAAGAUUUAAAGCUUUCCCUUUUGUUUUAUGUGAAAAUGAGAAACAUGAAACAACUGGAUGUAGAAAUUGCAUAACAUCUACAAAUGAAGUUACAAAUGAAGUCACAUAUACCAUGAAAAAAUAUUUGGGUACUUCUAGUUGUAUAAAUGCUGAUAGAAGAGAAUGUGUUAGGUCAAAAGAGUUGCAAACAAAUUCUCAUAAUUUUCUUUCUAAAAAAUAUUUUUCUAUUUUUGACACAUAUGAAAAAAUUCCCCUUACUACUGAUUCCGAAGACUUUGACCAGAUCCCAGUGGUAAUCCAAGACAAUUCUGUGAAAAAAAAGUUGUCUGAAGAAAAUGCAGUCACCAGUUCAAAAGAGGUUCCUAAUUUGCCUGCUAAAUCAAAUGAUGCCUUAAUUCUACCUGAGCAGUCAAAAACAACUAUGGAAAAAUGUAUUUCUCUCUUGUUACAAGAUAGCCAAACAAACAAACCUGAAUUUUGCAAAAAAAUAGAUACAUAUAGCCCACAUUUAGCAAAUAAAAAAGAAAAAGUAGAAGACCAAAAUCCUUAUUUAAAUUUUGAAAAUUUAUUUCCUAGUUCCUCAAAUGUUUACCAGUCUAUCACUUUGCCAUUAGAUAGAAGCUCUUUUGUCAAUAAAGACAGAGUAGUAAGUGAAGAUGGACACUGCAGGAGUUCCUCAAGUGCAGACAAACAAAAACAAAGUGAAAAAAUUCAUGCCACUGUACAAUACCCAUCCACAGGAAGUCCUGCCAUGCCAGAUACAUACUUGCAAUUACAGGCUAAAGAAACAGUGCAGUUUUCUUUACAAGGGCAUACACAGACAAAUAAGGCAGUCAGUUUAGAGCCAGCAACUUUGAAACAUAAUCUUGAAUAUGUAAAAGAACAGGAAGAGAUAAAUGAUGAACAAAUGCAUGUAACUAAUGAAAGUCAAUGUGAGACUGUAAUGAAUGACUUGAUUAUGUCAUAUUCAGAAGAUGAAUCUAAAACAUUCAUUGCUGCAGAAGAGGAAUUAAAAAUGCAUUUAACCAUAAUGAACAAUGGAUGUCUUGAAGAUGUAAAAGAUAAGUAUUUACCUUUAGAAAAUAAAAUCACAUAUGAAUUUGAACUGAAGAGAAGAUUUGAUUUAGUGCUAGAAGAACUACAUAUGUUUCAUGAAAUUAGCAAGGGAAAUGAAAACAAUUUAUCUAGUUUGGAAACAAACUCACACAACAAUUAUUGUGAAUUAAAUAAUUCUGAGGGGCUAGAUGAAAAUGUGACAAGUGUUCCUCAAAAGAAACUAUGUAUUUCUUCUCCAAUAUCUGGUACUAUAGAAGGGCAAAACAUAACUGACAGUAGUGAAAGUUCAUUAAACGAAAAGAUAUCAAAUGAAAAUGAAGACCAAAAAGUAUCUAAGGAAUAUUGUAUUUCAAGACUGUCAAGUGAAGAAUUGCUGCAUUUACCUAUUGCAGAAGGCCAUUUUGAUGCAGCUUAUAAAAAGCCAUACACAUGGGACCCAGCUUUUUUAUCCUGCACACUUCUUAAGGAACAAAACUAUAAUUUACAGAAAGAGGGAGGAUACUUUCUGUCACAUGAAGUUGUAAGAGUACAGCCUCUUAAAACAUGCAAGGGCCCCAUCAGGAUUGGGCUGUCAAGAAAAGCUCGACCCAAACAGCUUCAUCCUUAUCUGAAAUGACUUAGUGGAUUCUUUUACCAGUCUUCAAAUAGAAUCACUGUGCUUGAAAACUGUUGAAAUGUUUUUAUGUGAAGUUUUUCUGUUGAUAGUUUGA